GGGGGGCGGGGGUAGGGGGAGCCAAUCCCGGCAGCGCCUAAGGGGGGAGGCGGCAGUGACAGCCGCGGGGAGGGGGCGGAGGAGAGGCGGCUGGGCUCAGGCUCGGCUCUCAGCUCCACUCUGCCUUCUGCUCCGCUCUCACUUGCUGCCCAAGGAUCCUGCUCCUGCCCCGGGACUCUGAGGUGGGCCCUAAAAUCCGGCGCUCCCCAGAGAAAAGCCUUGCCAGCCCCUACUCCCGGCCCCCAGCCCCAGCAGGUCGCUGCGCCGCCAGGGGGCACUGUGUGAGCGCCCUAUCCUGGCCACCCGGCGCCCCCUCCCACGGCCCAGGCGGGAGCGGGGCGCCGGGGGCCAUGCGGGGCCAAGGCCGAAAGGAGAGUUUGUCCGAAUCCCGAGAUUUGGACGGCUCCUAUGACCAGCUUACGGGCCACCCUCCAGGGCCCAGUAAAAAAGCCCUGAAGCAGCGUUUCCUCAAGCUGCUGCCGUGCUGCGGGCCUCAAGCCCUGCCCUCAGUCAGUGAAAACAGCGUGGAGGAUGAGUUUGAACUAUCCACGGUGUGCCACCGGCCUGAGGGUCUGGAACAACUCCAGGAACAAACCAAGUUCACACGCAGAGAGUUGCAGGUCCUGUACCGAGGCUUCAAGAACGAAUGUCCCAGUGGAAUUGUCAACGAGGAGAACUUCAAGCAAAUUUAUUCUCAGUUCUUUCCCCAAGGAGACUCCAGCAACUACGCUACUUUUCUCUUCAAUGCCUUUGACACCAACCAUGAUGGCUCUGUCAGUUUUGAGGACUUUGUGGCUGGUUUGUCGGUGAUUCUUCGGGGAACCAUAGAUGAUAGGCUGAACUGGGCCUUCAACUUAUAUGACCUCAACAAGGAUGGCUGUAUUACGAAGGAGGAAAUGCUCGACAUCAUGAAGUCCAUCUAUGACAUGAUGGGCAAGUACACCUACCCUGCCCUCCGGGAGGAGGCCCCAAGGGAACAUGUGGAAAGCUUCUUCCAGAAGAUGGACAGAAACAAGGACGGCGUGGUGACCAUUGAGGAAUUCAUUGAGUCUUGUCAACAGGACGAGAACAUCAUGAGGUCCAUGCAACUCUUUGAUAAUGUCAUCUAGCUCCCCAGGGAGAGGGGUUAGUGUGUCCCGGGGUGACCAUGCUGUAGCCCUAGUCCAGGUGAACCUAACCCUCCUCUCCCCCCGGGUCUGUCCUCAUCCUACCUGUACCCUGGGGGCUGUAGGGAUUCAACCUCCUGGCGCUUCAGUAGUCCAGGUCCCUGAGCUAAGUGGCGAGAGUAGGCAAGCUAAGUCUUUGGAGGGUGGGUGGGGGGCGCGCAGAUUCCCAACCCCCGACGGCUCUCACCUCCUUCUCGACUGAUACCCAGUGCCGAGGCUACCCCUGGUGUCGGGACCGACCGAGUGGUUCUCUGCCUCCCAGCCCACUCUAGAGACCACACUAGACGGAAUGUCUCCUGCUAUGGUGCUUUCCCCAUCCCUGACCACAGAUUUUCCUCUAAGACUCCCUUCUCAGAGAACAUGCUUUGUCCCUGUCCCUGGCUGGCUUUUCAGCCUAGCCUUUGAGGGCCCUGUGGGAGGGGGGAAUAAGAAAGCAGAAGAAUCUUGGCCCUGAGCCAGUGGUUAGGUCCUAGGAGUCUGCUGGAGUGGAGACCAGAAAGCCUGGGCAGGCUAUGAGAGCCCAGGUUGGCUGUCACCGCCAGGUUCCACAGGACUGCUGCUCAGGGUCAGCAGAGUAUGCGUUUCUAGUCUUCCCAGAAGGCCUUAUGUCCUUAGCAAUGUCCCAGAAAUUCACCAUACACUCCUCAGUGUCUUAGGAUCCAGAUGUCUGGUCCAUCCCUGAACCCUCUCCCUCCUCCUUGCUCCUAUGGUGGGAGUGGUGGCCAGGGGACGAUGAGUGAGCGGUGUCCUGGAUGAUGCCUGUCAAGGUCCCACCUACCCUCCGGCUGUCAGCCGUUCUGGUGACAGCUGUUUGAUUCUCCAUGACCCCUGUCUAGAUGUAGAGGUGUGGAGUGAGUCUAGUGGCAGCCUUAGGGGAAUGGGAAGAACAAGACAGGUACUCCAUCUGAACCCAGUGUGGGGGCAUCCAUUCGAAUCUUUGCCUGGCUCCCCACAAUGCCCUAGGAUCCUCUAGACCCCCCCUCCCCCACUCUUUAGUCUACCCAGAGAUGCUCCAGAGCUCACCUAGAGGGCAGGGACCAUAGGAUCCAGGUCCAACCUGUCAUCAGCAUCCGGCCGUGCUGCUGCUGCUGCUUAUUAAUAAACCUGCUUGUCAUUCAGCGCCCCUUCCCAGUCAGCCAGGGUCUGAGGGGAAGGCCCCCACUUCCCCGCCUCCUGUCAGACAUUGUUGACUGCUUUGCAUUUUGGGCUCUUCUACCUAUUUUGUAUAAUAAGAAAGACACCAGAUCCAAUAAAACACAUGGCUAUGCACAGC